AUGAUGGUUCUUGUUUUUUUUUCCGGAUUCUCUGAAUUAUUCCAAAAGAAUGCUUGUCUACCACGCGGCAAGAUUUCGGUUGAGAAGGUUGAUAUCUCCGGUGAAGGACCCAGAACCCAGGACCCAGGACCCAGGACCCAGGACCCAGGACCCAGGAAGCCCGGAAGCCCUGAAGCCCGGAAGACCGGAAGCCUGGUAUCCCGGAAGCCCGGAAGCCCCUGGAAGCCCGAAAGUUUGGAAGCCCGGAAGCAAAAAAGCCCGGAAGCCUGGAAGCCUGUUAGCCUGGAAGCCCGGAAGCCUGUAAGCCUGGAAGCCCGGAAGCCUGGAAGCCCGGAAGCCCGGAAGCCCGGAAGCCCGGAAGCCUCUGUAAGCCCGGAAGCCCGGAAGCCCGGAAGCCCGGAAGCCCGGAAGCCCGGAAGCCCGGAAGCCCGGAAGCCCGGAAGCCCGGAAGCCCGGAAGCCCGGAAGCCCGGAAGCCCGGAAGCCCGGAAGCCCGGAAGCCCGGAAGCCCGGAAGCCCGGAAGCCCGGAAGCCCGGAAGCCCGGAAGCCCGGAAGCCCGGAAGCCCGGAAGCCCGGAAGCCCGGAAGCCCGGAAGCCCGGAAGCCCGGAAGCCCGGAAGCCCGGAAGCCCGGAAGCCCGGAAGCCCGGAAGCCCGGAAGCCCGGAAGCCCGGAAGCCCGGAAUCCCGGAUCCCUUCUCUGGAGCCCAGAGAAAGAGAGAACUAAUUCUUCCCUUCACUUCACUCUUCCUUUAUACUGUUCUUCAUGAGGUCAAUGGGGCAUCUAGGGUCGUAGGUUUCUAA